GCCAAAUAGCCCGUCGCUAAGGAAGCCAUAUACCGCUCAAGUUUUCGUCUUAUAGAAAGAGUAAUGGCGUUGGGCAUUACAAGGCGCAUGACUUUAGUUAGUCGCGAUGCUAAUUCAUCGAUAUUACCUAGCUACGUAAAGUUACUCUCCAGUAGGCCCUGCAUUUAUUCUUGAAUAUUUAGCUGCUCGGUUGAAAUAAUUGACAAAAUGUCUUACCCAACCUAGCUUGCAAAGUCGACCCUUCGGCAAACUAAUAGCUUUACUAUUCGACCUAUGGCUAGGCCUCCUUUCGAUGGAUCCGUACGUGGGAGGUAGAAGAGUCUCUCGCAAUCGUCCCCCUCGGAAUCCACCAAGAACAAGGGAAUUCUAUAGAUGGUGGAAUUCGCCGCCUGAGCCAUAUUCCAUUGAGAAACGGCCUUCGUUUGGCUUGUGGUUGAGAGUCACUUGGCCCGACAUCGUAACCAUGCUUCUCCUUGGCGUAGUAGCCUUUGGCGUCUAUGCUCUUCGCCCUGCUGGAGUACGAACCUUCCCCUUGACGGUCAUCGAUGCACGUACCGGCGAAGACACCGGCGAGGUCGUUUACCCCGAAUUCGCGUACCCAUACCGUCCUCAAUUUAUUUCCUCUUGGGUAGAUACGGUCCUCGUAACCGUGAUCCCUCUUUUCACAUUCUUGUUUAUUCAAAUUCGCAUCCAGAGCUUUUGGGAUCUCAACAAUUCUAUUAUCGGUUGCAUAUAUGCGCUCGAGACAUCAGCCGCAUUCCAAGUCACGAUCAAAUGGCUUAUUGGCGGUCUGAGACCAAACUUUUAUGACGUCUGUCAGCCCGAUCCUAGUCUUGCUGGUAACUCAGAUGUUGAUGUGACGGGUUUAAACGCUGUUGGCUAUAGACAAUACAUGUAUACCUCGGAAAUUUGUACAAGUGGCCAGGGCCGGCCCCUUUGGAAUGCGAUGCAAAGUUUCCCGAGCGGCCAUUCAACAACCUCCUGUGCGGCAGCCGUUUACAUUUUCCUAUACAUCAAUGCGAAGCUGAAAGUCUUUGCCAACUACCAUCCCUCCAUGUGGAAGCUAGUCCUAGUCUACUGUCCGAUCCUGGGAGCCACCCUCAUUUGCGGGUCUUUGACAGUCGACGGAUCCCAUAAUUGGUAUGAUAUUCUCGCAGGUGCCAUCAUAGGCACCGUCUUAGCGAUCUCAUCCUAUCGCACAGUAUAUGCAAGCGUUUGGGAUUGGCGCAUCAACCACAUCCCUCUGAAUCGAGGGGCUGCGUUCAUACCUGCGACAAAUGGUUGGGAAAUCUCAGACCUAGUGUUCACAAAUAGGGCUGGUUGGAGAAAAGGGCACUCGAACAAUGAGAAAGAGACACUACCAGGCCCUGUUACAGGAAGUGGAGUUAUGGGUAGCCAUUCUAGUGUACAUUCUGAGAGGUCUCCCGAUGGUACGACAAGCCAAGUUGCCAGAGAACCUCAAAACACUCCCCACAUCCCUGGAGAUAGAGAUCGUGGUGACGAUAUGGUAUAGUGCCAGGGCUAAGAUGACGAGAUAUGAGGAGCGCAAGGACUAAUAACUAUUGGAGUAGCAUCAGAUUAGUAUCUUAUUAUAUACAAUUU